AUGGCAUGUAAAUUCUGUGGCCCUAAACUGUCGCUGUGCGGCCUCGUAUUGAGCGUCUGGGGAAUCAUACAGUUGACCUUAAUGGGUGUCUUCUACCAGAUCAGAUCCGUAGCUCUGUUGGAAGAUCUCCCUCUUGGUGAACACCACGAAUCAAUUACAGAUUUCCUCCAAGAUGUCGAAGUUGGAUACACUACGAAUGCUUACAACUGCUGGAUCGCUGCUCUGCUGUAUGUCAUCACACUGGUUAUAUCUGGACAUCAGUUCUGGAUGAACAACCGUUCUUCAGUUAGUAUGUAA